CAGAGAGGAAGGAGGGGGUGGGCACAGGAAAGAGGGAAAAGAGAAAACAGAAAAAGAAUUGCAUGCCACUAUGCCUGAAUAUAUCCUUUACUUGUAGAUAAUUCCAUCCGAAUUGCACUUUUGCCUUUUAUUUCCGUUUUUGGACACCUCUUUUAUCAUCCAGCCAACUGGGACAGACAAAGCACUGUUGGUGCCCUGAGCGACAGAACUCUGGUAGGGGGCUGGCUGUAAAUUGACGUGGCAUGGAAAUUCUCCGCUAAGUUGUAGCAGCUUGCAUGUUUCUCCUAAGAUCAAGCCCAGCCUCCUAGAACUGUAGCUUAAUCAUCAUGGGUCCAACGACUUUACAGAAAAAUGGAUAGAAAAAGUCUUCAGCUCCUUUCUUUGGACUCAAAUGUUUUCUUUUUGACUAUCCAUGGUUUAGCUGAAAAAAUCAAAGCAGUUAAGUCUGUAACUUUCUUUUUGCAGCUUAAACAACAGAAUUUGCUGCUCUCCCUCCCCUAUCCUGCAAUUUAAUUCCUUACAGAUUUUGCUAUGGGGUGCGGACUUAGAAAGCUAGAAGACCCUGAUGAUAGCAGUCCUGGAAAAAUAUUUUCUACCCUGAAGAGACCGCAAGUGGAAACAAAGACAGAAUUUGCUUACGAGUAUGUAUUGCUGGAUUUUACUUUACAAGCUUCACCAAACCCAGAAGUCAUCAAGAUAAAUUCAAUUUCAGAUAUAGUAACAAAAGUGGAAGACUACUAUCUUAAAGGAUAUAUUGUUGGAGCUAUUCAUCCUGUUAUACAACCUGUGGGGCAGCGAAAACACCUACCUGCAAGUUACCUGUACAGAGUAGUGCUGUUGCGCUUGAAAUUAAGCCCGAAGCAUUCGGCAGUACCCAGUGGACAAAGACGCCCAAGGCUGGUGAUUGAGGAAUAUCCUCUAACUUAUGAGACACAAACAAAUGACAUAGCAAAAGAACUGAUAGAAAAGAUUAAUAUAGCUGCUAAGAGAGGAAUGAAAUUUGUUGGAUUCAUAUCACAGCCUUAUCCACCACUUAAAUUCUGCAACGGAAGCAAUCACGAUGGAGAUACAGAAUCAACACUGCCUGUGAGACACACUUCGGAGGAAAACUGUAAAAGUUGGAAUGAAGGAACAUUAAGUGGGCAAUCGUCUGAGAGUGGAAUUGAGGAAGAACUUCAUCAUGAAAGUGGACAGUGUCAGAUGGACCGAGAUGGCAGCCCCAGUUACUCUAAAUCCAGAAAGGGAGAAGAUAACAAGUUAUAUACAGUAUUCAAUGUUUUUGAUGAUGAAUCAACCUGUUGGACCUAUCAGGAAGGCAUCCUGUCAAUGAAAGUAACAAGAAAAGGAUCUGUCAUUAGUACACUUGAUGCUGAUUGGCUGGAGUUAACUACAUUUUAUUAUAAACAAGGCUUGUCUUUAAUUGAUUCUUUUGUAUGCUGGGAAACAUCUAAAGGGGACAUUUUGCCUAAAUCUUUGGAAGGAUUCUUUAUCUACGAAGAAGAAGGCUCUGGCGUUCCAGGUUCCAUUAGGAAAGGAAAUGAUGCCAUCGUAGUAGAACAAUGGACCGUUAUUGAGGGCUGUGAGAUCAAAACGGACUACGGCCCUCUGCUGCACACUCUGGCUGAGUUUGGAUGGCUCCUGACAAGCGUGUUACCUACGCCUAUAGUACGACAUGACAGUGAAGGGAAUUUGGCUACAAAGCAAAUUGUGUUCCUUCAGAGACCAGUUAUGUGGAAUUCAGCUGCUCAAACACCAGAAAGGAAAGCUAGCCGGCAUAUAAAAGCUGAGGACAGGAACAAAGUCACCAGCAGGAGCAUUGGACUGGACACGGCCACAUCACCACCAGCAGAGAGCAGAAACCUGGCUGAGGAGCGCCUCCUCUCUCCUUCGAGAGAAUGUUGGACGAAGGACAGGAGGCCACCACAGUACAGCAGCUUCUCUGGGUUCAGCAGCAGUGACAGUGUCCUACGGGAAUUAGACGACGGACAGUUUGACCAGGAAGACGGAGUGACUCAAGUCACUUGUAUGUGAGCAAUGAAGUCAAGCAACAGAAGGCCCUGUAAAUAAUUAUUAAAAUAAUUGCCAACUGACUUUAUUGUAUUACUUUAUCUGCAUUUACGUAAUAUUUUGAAUUUUUCCAGACUCUGGCUUUCCUCUAAUCUGCAUAAACUUGGGCUCAACCUCCCAGACAAGGAAGAAUAACCAACAUAUUUGUAAAUUUAGAAUCAUGUUUACACUUCUCUCAACUAAAACAUCUGCUUAAACAGAUGUUUCAUUAGGUUAUUAACCAAUAAUCUACUUCAGUUUCUCAUGAAUGUACAGGAUGUACUUUUCUUUCAGUUCCUGAUGAGAAGACUAAAUAUAUCAACCAAUAUUUUGCCUAAUUAGGAAGUUCUCAGGAAGUCAGAAUCUUAGUUAAGGUAAAAAGCAAUCUCUAUCUCCCUUUAAAUCCCCCUCUUUCAUAUACAUGUAAAGGGCAAAUUAAUGAAAUACCUAUUUCCUGAAUAUAACAAUUCAAAUUUUGUCUUUUUAACGAUGACAUGUAUAGACAAAGCCAACUCCUGUUUGUUAAAAUAUUCUUCAAAAACAUCCUUUUUGUAUGUCUUUGCUUUUAAAGAAAGGGUCACCAUGUUACCAACCCCGUACUGAUUUCAUUGAGCUUAAACUUUAUUGCUUCUAAUAGCCCAAAAAUAGAGCAAAGCAGCAUCCCUUAAAAUUCAACAUGAAAAGAACCCACAAUCUCAACAUUUAAAAACCUUAGUAGAAUGAAAGAAUUUUCUUCACCUUAAAUUGCAAGAAUAGAAAGGUACUCAUAGCUCCAUGUGUAUGGAGACCCAUCUGUUCCAUCUCUGCUUUUCUUGCUCUGCUAAUAGGGAUGGCUCUGCUUUGCCCAGCCUUUCAUAGGUAAAGAUUAAAAUUCUACAUAAUAGAGGAUUUUCAUCUAUCUAUGAAAGGCUUACUUUGAAAUUUGGGAAUCUUCAAGUGAAAUACAACUGACUUCGCUAUUGAUGAAUUCAGCCUAUUACCGAUUUUUAUUAGCAUUGGUGUUGACAUUAUCAUUUGAAUAAUAAAAUGUCAUUUGUUAUUGG